AUGGACAUGUACGUCGAAAAAGUGAUGAUCAGUGCUUUGUUGUUGUGCUGCGUGAUGGUCUCUCCGGUUGCCGCAGCGGAACCUGUCGGGCUAUUCGUGGGCGUGAUAUGGAGGAAACUGGAAGGCAAUGAAUCCUCUUCCUGCGACAACUGCGACCAUGUUGGGUGCCUGCCGUCGCAGUACUUUUGGGUAGAAUCUGACUGCAGGAGGCGAGCCAUUCGACUCUUGAACAACCUCAACGGAUCGGAAAGUGUGUUCCCCAUCAAUGAGACCCACUUCUGUCGCAAAUAUUACAACGAUAACCUCUGCGAAGAGGAAAGUCCGUUGUAUGCCGUUGAGGCUGCAAAUGGAUUGAUGUGCAAUGAGAUCAAGCAAAUUACUGCAUGCCCCGACGAAGACCCCACCAAGGACGGCUUCUUGUACAUGCCUGACUAUUGUGUGGAGAGCGACGUGCCCAUGGGCGACUUUAAUGCACGCAUGAUCGAUCGAUACAUCUACUUUGGGGAAGAAUCCUGCGAGACAGGAGACGUACACCAGCGGGCGGAAGCUGUGUUUCCUGCCGAGCCGUCGUACUGUUUUAGUAUCGGUGUUCCUAUUCAAAACAGCACUCAUCAGACGAGCAUUCUGGGGGGCGGACGCAGUUAUUGCGACUCUGAAGGCAGGCAAGUCCUGGAGCACUACACUGAUGCAGCUUGCUCCGAGCAGGGACCAGAACUACUUGAGAAAGAAUUGGUAUGGGAUGGAUGCUACGAUCCGCAAACACCAAGAUUUCCAGAGCAACGUGGUGCAGUAGACUGCGAAAAGCCUCGGUACCACUGCAAAGACCUUGCGAAAUUGGAUUUCAUUGUCGCCACCUCACCGCUCGAGGGAUCGGCUGGGGACACGGAAGAAGCCUCCUCAGCAACAGCUCCAAGAUACUCUAUUGAAGUUGUCAUCUCCCUCAUCAUCUUUAUCCCCCUUUGGUAUUCAUAA